AUGUCUGAUCUGACUAACCUGCUGGCCGAGUUGUCGCGUGUGCAACCUGCAAACAGUACGCCUUUCUUUACUCAGAAGGACCCACUGAAAAUCACCACCUAUGCCGAUGCUCUCAAAUACACAGUCCAUGAACUCACGAAACGGCCUGAGUUUCUGACUGAGGUGAAACGGCUGAUGAUAGAGCAGCAGAGACGACUGGCCCAGCUCGAGAAGGAAUACAAUGAGAUCGAUGCGAAAAUAGAGGCCCAGAAACGUGACUUUGAGAAAGUCGACAACAUCCUAGCAUCAGUAGGAAUCGGAGGAGGAGGGGGGGGAUCCAAAAACAAGAAGCCACCCACGAGGGAGGAAGCCGAAAAGGCAUUCCAUGCACAUGCCCACAAGACGCUGACAAACAUGUACGAUUACAUCUACAGGCGUUUUGAGGAGCUGAAGAUCCCUUUGUUCUACACUAGUCCUGAAGCCAAGGCAAGAGGAGGAAAGCGAGUGAGAGAGGGCCAGAAGGAGCUAGUUGAGUUUCUCGAGAUUUUAGUUGAGUAA